AUGCGAGAUCAUUAUCGCCCGUAUGCCCUCAAAGGGAAUUGUAACAAGGAUGAGGAUCUGCUCCAGCGAUGUUCAAUGGCGCUGCCGGUACUCAGUUCUCCGGAAAUAUCAUUUGCAUUGACUCGAGAGGAGCUGGAUAAAAGUUGUGUUGAGUUGAGAGUCGGCAUAAAAUGCAUCGAUAAUUAUACAGAGGUUUGCAUGAAGAAGAGCGAACAGGUGAUGUUUAGGAGGACGUAUGCUGGUAUUAUUGACGUCAUCCAAGAACUGUGCUCCCGUGGAAAAUAUCAAGACGAGUACCUUCGUCACGCGGACUGCGUUAAGAAAGUUCGUUCCGAAUAUGAAGUUUGCAGCAAAAAGUAUGAGGUUACAUUGACCACGUUAAGCAACUAUGAGAAGAAAGACCAGUACCAUACAGAUCAAACAGAUGUCGCCACUAGCCAUGAGGAUUAUUUGAGGACUGUAUGUUGUUCAUUCCAAGAGUACCUGAUGUGUUCAGAGCGUACGGUUCAGAGGUCGUGUGGAGAUGAGGCCGCCCUGUUCACCAGCGCAUUCCUUAAACGAAUGGCUUCAAAUAUAAUGAAGAACUUCUGUCUAGAAUAUAGAGGUCAAGAAUGCGGUUUGUCUGAUGCAGCGACGGCGGUGGAUCAAAACUUACUAUUAUUUACUUUCAGUGUGAUAGCAGUUCUAUCGCCGCAUAUAAGAAGUUUUCUAACAUAA